AUGUACGUGGAUGAUGGAAGCUGCAGCUUUGAUCCCAACGACACAGCCGAAGCCACUGCCGGUGGUUCUGAAGAUGGAUUCAACUCCCAGAUGCCGCCACUGCUUCCAUCCAUGAACGGCUUUUCAGCUGCAGAAGAGCUUGCUUACCACCAACAACAACACCAGCAUCUUCCUCAUUCUCAAGAAGAAGUAGCCAUUGAUAUGGAGCUUCAGCAACAACUCGCUUUCAGCAUGGAGAACUCUUACAACAUUGAUAUCAACAGCACUUCUCAGUUGGUGUCGUUUGAUCAUCUUCAGCAGCAGCAGGAGCAGCCUCAGUGGGACAAUCAAGACAUGGCUCACAACAACAUCCAUCGCCAUCAACUUCAGGAGCCUGCUGAUCUCCUCAACCUCUUCCACUUGCCUAGAUGCUCAGCCUCGUCCUCUUCAUCCAUCACCUUCGCCAACCCAACCCCAAAAACAGACAACUUCCCAAGCACUUCCUUGGCUUUUUUGGGAGAUGUUCCAAUGGGAAUGGACAGUUCUUCUUCCUCGUCUGUUCUCUACGACCCGCUGCUCCAUCUGAACCUACCUCCGCAGCCUCCUUUGUUCAAGGACCUGUUUCAGUCUCUCCCAGAUGGCUAUGCCUUUCCCUCCGCAGCCUCAAGAAACGGAUCCUUGGUCAGCAAUGGUGCAAUGGAUAUGGAUGGAGAGGGAAGUGGUGGGGUUUAUCAAGACGGUCCUGAAGGAAUGCAGUUUGAGAAUGGCGUGUUGGAGUUUGCAAGGGACAGGGCUUGUAUUGACAAAGGAAGAGAUGGCAGAGGGACCAAACACUUUGCUUCCGAGCGCCAUAGGAGAGUGCAGAUGAGUGACAAGUACCAACUGCUGAAAAGCUUGGUUCCUAACCCAACUAAGAAUGAUAGAGCAUCAAUAGUGGGAGAUGCCAUUGAGUACAUCAGAGAGCUGAGGAGGACAGUGAAUGAGUUGAAGAUACUAGUGGAGAAGAAAAGGCGCGGCAUAGAGGCUAACAAGAGGCAGAAAUCGGAGGAAGAUACUGCUGGAGAGGUAGAGAAUUGCAACGUCAAGCCUGACCCUGAUCAGUCCUACAUAAGGAGCUCUUGGCUGCAGAGGAAAUCUAAGGACACUGAAGUUGAUGUUCGCAUAAUCGACGAUGAGGUAACCAUCAAAUUUGUCCAGAGGAAGAAGAUCAACCUCUUGCUCACUGCCUCCAGGGUGCUUGAUGAACUUCAGCUUGAUCUUCGCCAUGUUGCAGGCGGACAUGUGGGAGACACUUACAGCUUCUUGUUCAACACCAAGAUAUAUGACGGUUCUUCCUUGUAUGCAAGUGCCAUUGCCAACAAACUGAUUGAUAUCCUGGAUAGGCAAUUCACUGUCAUUGUUCCACCUACAACUAGCUAUUAGCCAUUUGAGAAUCUAAGAUGUUAUCACUUUAAUUUCCUUAUACAUAUAUGGUACUGUUUAAUAUGAAGCUGGUAGACUCGGUAACUUUUUAGUAGAUAUAAU